ACGCAGUGAGUCAUUUAGAAAUGAUGGGAAAUGUAUCUUUGGUGGGCUCACGGUGGCUCCACGUGGGAUUCGGAUCUGGGUUGAGUAGGCUGAAUCAAAGGGCACGAAGAAAGAGCCUUGUCAGCCCCGGUCCCAAAUAUCAGGUGAGGUUAAGAUUUGGCACAGAUUACAGCAGUCUAGCUCGCUUCCAGAUCUUAUGAUGCGAAUCACUCCUUGACUUGGUAGUAUUUGAGUUGGGGCAAUUGACUUUCAGUACACUGCAUACUUUCUGCCUUCUUGCGAGGACAGGCAAACAUUGUUUUCCUGGUUGAGACGCAUCGCAUCGUAUAUCGGUCUGCAAGAUGUUGCUGGCUUCAUUUGCUUCGUCUAACUACUUCCUGGCCGCGUUUGUCGCGUGCAUGGGCGUGACUGUACUUGCGCUCACCGGCCUUUGCGUGUAUAGAUUGUUCUUUCACCCCUAUGCCAAAUACCCCGGGCCCUUUCUGGCAAAGCUCACCAACUACUAUGCUGUCUACCACUCGUGGAAAGGUAACCAGCAUGUGGACAUGUGGCGCUGCCACGAGAAGUAUGGCCCAUAUGUCCGUUAUGGACCCAACGAAUUGAGCAUCAACACCGCUGUAGGACUGAAAGAUAUCUACGCCCACGGCCGCAACUUCAAAAAAUCGGUCAAAUACAACGCGAUGGUGCAUCAGGCCGCAAACACCUUGACGACAAUUGAUAAGCGCAAGCAUGGCAAGAAGCGCCGCUUGAUCAGCCAAGCCUUCUCCGAUGCGGCGUUCCGGAACUACGAAGAAACCAUUCAGGAGAAGAUUGCGCAGCUGUGCACAGCUCUCCGUCGCCAGGAUGACGACUCACAGGAGCUGGUUCCGGAUGGGACUUGGGGCCCAGUGAAGAACAUGUCCAAGUGGUGCGACUGGUUUACCUUUGAUGUAAUGUGCAGCGUGAUCUUCGGCGUACCCUGGUCAUCCUUGACAGAGAAGACAUAUCGCCAUGUGCCACACACGAUUGAAGUGUCCAAUGUGCGCGUGGGCUGCUUGAUCGAAGCUGGUGGCUCCAAGAACCUCAAAAUCGACAAAUACCUCUUCCCCGCAGCCAUCGCGGCACGGAAUCAAUUCGUCAAGUUUGUGAACGACAUCAUUCGUCAGGGUAUGGCCAUGUCAGCCAAGGGAUCCAUGAAGGGGGCAUUCGCCUUGCUUCGGGAUGCAACCGACCCCGAAACCCAGGAGCCUCUCUCUUUCAAGGAGCUCUGCGGGGAGAGCGCAACCCUAGUGGUCGCCGGUA